AUGGGACUCAAUAUAAUUGACCGCAUCCAAGCCAAGAUCGAGCUCUUUCGCCUCGAGCAGCGCUACACGCGAAGGCGCCACCGCCGCUCGACUUUCGUGUCCAACGCAAUCUACGUCGACGGCGAGUACAUCUACCAAUCGCCCAACGCGACGGGCUCGUCGGCAAACACGAGCCGGACCGCCAGCACACAGAACACGACCGCGACCUCGAGUUCCCCUAGUUCGACGGCCGAGUACACAGCGAGCGCGACCGCGAGCAAGCAGCAGAAGAGGCUGAACAGGUGGUCGUCGAUGCCUGGGUUCGGGUCGAACUCGAAGCCGGACGGCAUGCAGGGUCGGGAUAUGCCGGCAGUGAGGGAGGAGGGGCAGUGGAGGGAGAGGGUCAGUUUUCAUGACGAGAGGGGAUAUUGAUGAUUGAAGAGAAGGACUUGGUGUAUGGCUUGGUGCUUGGAUGGUUUGGGGACGGUACGAAUGGGCUCUUCCUGUCGAGGUGCUGAGGAACUGCUUCCCGCGGAAGGUGGAUUGCUGAAGCAACAGGUGUUUGUGAGACGCGUCGUUGGGUGUUCUCUGCCCGAGGUGGUGUCAGGGUCACACUGCGACGCAUGGAGGAUUCUCACUGGUAGUUUUGUGCCUCUACCGCUCGCCGCCGUUCAUCCUCCUCGAACACGCACUCCUGCACUACCCAUGAUUGUCGGUCGGACGAUCCUGCACGAUGAUAAAAGUCGUUGCUCGCUCAUCGGCUGGGCUUGGCAUUUCAUGUGCAUCUACGACGACAGGUCCGGUCACGAAUGCGGAUACCUUGAUCUGCCGCUCUUUUCACGACACUUCAGAAGCUAUUUUCCUGCAUGGUUACCAUAUUAUGCCACGACGAAGGGAUGGUCUCUUGUUGAGGUUAAUUGCACGCCGGCAUGGUUCGUUAAUGGAGACGACCCUGCCCGGCGAUUGUAUUUACAUCUGGAGCUGGAUGCUGUCUGCGCCAAAGCAGGACGAACGGUGACGCCGGCUCCAACGCAUUUCAUGUACAUAUUGGCUAAUGACGACCCCCCCCCCGUUUUUGUCGUUUGGUCUUGAAUACGCACGGGAGUCCUGUCCUCGUGAUCCCAAG